AUACUCUUAGAGAAGCAGGAAACAAGAAAUGGGAUUUCAAUGAAUUUAUUGUGAUGGGAACAUGGAGGCCUAAGAAAAAAAAUCUCUGCAAUAAUCACUUUAUGAAAUGUAUGAGAGAGAGAAAUGAGAGGAUUCCCGAUCCUGGUGAACAGUUUAGCUAUAUCGUUGUGAAGGGUCCCCGUCUUCAUGAUGAGAAAGGCAGGUUAAUACCAUAUAGAGUUGGGGAUUAUAUGGUUUAUCCAUCGAACAUAGGAAAAGAGCAAAACAUGAAAAUAGAUAUCAAUUAUUAUUUAGGCACUACAGUUGCAAUAUGCGCACGCUUUAUCAAUGAGAAUGAUAGCUAUCAAACACACCCAUCACAUAAAAUAAUGCAGAUCAAGGAUCCAGAUGUGAGAGAAAGAAGAUCGACAAAUACUCUCAGGACGAGGCU